UUGAGUGCACUUUAGCGAUCCAGUGGUAGCUCUUUACAAGCCUCAAAAAGGUCUGUCAACAACAGGAACCUGUAAAGCCUUGACCCGCUUUGCUUCUAUAAGGAAACUUAAGGAUUUCCCUCUCCGUAAAUGCUGUUAUUGGUGUCCACCCGUUAGAGCAGGUUCUUGGCGUGCAUCGUUAUUUAAUCUGCGCAUGUUCAGCCUUUGGCAAUACGAAAACAAAAGAAAAGAAAACGUAACGUCCUCCCAUUUGCCUUUUUAUUUUUAUUGAGUAUACCUUUUUCAGUCAGCGGACUCGUAUUAUUAUUAUUUUUCUUUAAUGAAAACGAAAGCCACGGUGGAAAGAAAAAAAGCAUACAGUCAACGAACUACAGCCACUAAAGUUACAAGCAAAAAUAACCUGCUCUUCCAUGCAAAUUUAAAGAGAAAUUAGUGCCCAAUCUAAUCGCGAUAUUUCGAACAUGAAGUCGUUUGUUCCAGUUAUCUUGUUGAGUUUGGUCGUUGUUGGUGGACAGCCGGUAGAAGAUGCUUCCGCCAUUUCAGCGGAUGCCACUGGCCUGGAGAAAUCUGUUCUGUCUGAAGACUCUGUUGAUUUGGAACCGAGCGAAUCCAGCCUAAAGGUUAUCGAACACAAAUUAGAACAUUGGUUGAAGAAAUACUAUAAGCAUCAAGACAAAAAAGGUGUUAAUGGAUUCCCUGUUGUUGGCUAUCCACUUGUUGGCUACCCUCUUGUUGGCUACCCACUCGUUGGACUGCCUCCAUUCGGAUACGGUUACGGACUCGGCGGAUACGGUUUGGAUGGAUUAGGGGGUUUUGGGUCGGGUUUAGGGGCGUACGGUACGGGACUAGGUGGCUAUGGAUCGGGACUAGGUGGCUAUGGAUCAGGAAUAGGUGGGUAUGGAGGCUUAGAUGGGUAUGGAUUGGGAGGCUUAGGUGGAUAUGGAGGGGGAUACGGAGGUGGAUAUGGAGGUGGAUAUGGAUUGGGAGGUUUAGGGGGAUACGGUUUCAGGAGAUAAACUAAAGCAUGAAAUUAUUCACACUGUUAAACAUAAUGUGUUGUCAUCUGUCACUGUCACAUCUACUUGUAUAUUAUUACGUUCAAAUACACAUACAGUUUCAUAUGAAUAAA